AUGAAAUUCCUACAGUGGUUGGGAUCUUUAGUGCAUUUGGCCUUGUCUUCUCUGUCUCCCUUUUUGCUUGGAUCUGCUGCCAGCGUAAAUCUUCCAAAACCAAUAAGACCCCUCCGUAUAAGUUUGUCCAUGUUCUGAAGGGGGUCGAUAUUUACCCUGAGAAUCUCAACAGUAAGAAGAAGUUUGGAGCAGAUGAUAAAAGCGAAGCAAAGAACAAAUCAGUGAUGCCAAAGAAUUCUCUCCAUCUCGACCUGGAGAAGAGAGAUCUAAAUGGCAAUUUCCCCAAAACAACCCCUAAAGUCCAGAGCUCUCCAGAUCUUGAAAAUUUGUCUCCUAAGCACUUUGCAGAAAGGAAGAAAGAUUCAGUAUCCCCUGAUAGUUUAAAAUCCAUCACUUCCCUGUCAUCUGAAGAUAAACAAGACAAGCUAGGAACUCUCUUUUUCUCCUUAGAGUACAACUUUGAGAAAAAGGCAUUUGUUGUGGACAUCAAAGAAGCACGUGGGCUGCCAGCAAUGGAUGAACAGUCAAUGACUUCUGAUCCUUACAUCAAAAUGACAAUCCUGCCUGAGAAAAAGCACAAGGUGAAAACCAGAGUGCUGAGAAAAACCUUAGAUCCAGCUUUUGAUGAGACCUUCACGUUUUACGGGAUCCCCUAUAGCCAAAUUCAAGACUUAACACUUCACUUUAUGAUCUUGAGCUUUGACAGGUUUUCCAGAGAUGAUGUCAUUGGAGAAGUCCUCAUUCCCCUCACAGGAAUUGAACUGUCAGAAGGAAGGCUGCUAAUGGACAGAGAGAUCAUCAAAAGAAAUGUUAGGAAAUCAUCUGGGCGUGGAGAAUUGCUGAUCUCUCUCUGUUAUCAGUCUACAACAAACACGCUCACUGUGGUUGUUUUAAAAGCCAGGCAUCUACCUAAAUCUGAUGUGUCAGGAUUAUCAGACCCCUAUGUCAAAGUGAACCUGUACCAUGCUAAGAAGAGAAUUUCUAAAAAGAAAACCCAUGUGAAGAAAUGCACCCCCAAUGCAGUGUUCAAUGAAUUGUUUGUCUUUGACAUUCCUUGUGAGGGCCUUGAUGAUAUCAGCAUUGAAUUUUUGGUUUUAGAUUCAGAAAGGGGGUCAAGGAAUGAGGUCAUUGGCCGGUUAACCUUGGGAUCUUCAGCAGAAGGAACAGGUGGAGAGCACUGGAAAGAAAUUUGUGAAUAUCCUAGGAGACAAAUUGCCAAAUGGCAUAUGUUGUGUGAUGGUUAGCGGCUUAGAGAGGGGUUGGAACUUGAAAAGCUAUAUAUAUUUCCAUAGGCAAGGAGCGGUUUUCUUUCUUUGCUACGUAUAAUUACAGGCUUGUAACUACAAGACUUUUUUUGGGGGGGUGGGGGAAUAAAAACUGGAUUGAAUUAUCAGAACAGAAGGUAACUAAAUUUUCACAGUAAAUAAAGGAAUUUCUAUUUCAUUAGACUUUAACAUAAUUGGAUCAGAAUCAUAUUAUUCUGGAGCUUAAAUAGCCUGAAACUUCUGAAGCACUAUAAACUUCCAUAGGAACAGACUAUGUUUUAUGAAAAAGUCCCUGGAAACCUUAUUAGUACUGUUAUACAGAAGAAGAAAACCUCAUUAAAAUAUAUC